AUGUUGUUAAGGUAGAUGAAGGAGACUACAAACAUGUCGGAGUUUAUGUAGAAGAUUAUCAUAAGGGUAAUGGAGAAAUAACUCGUUAUCAUCCAAUGAUACCUUUUAAAAACUAUCAAAAGAUGGCCAAACAAAUUGCUUGGGCAGAAGAUGCUAAAUUCCGUAGAGGCGAAUAUGAUUUAGCCAAUCGUAAUUGCGAGCAUUUUGCCAACAUGAUUGUUUACGGGGUAAAUUACUCGGAACAGAUUGAGAAUAAUAAAGAUGUAAUUAUUGCCAAAAAUAUUGUUCGAAGUUUAGGGGGAUUUCUUUCUAUUAUUACCAAUAAUUACAGUAUUAACAACGGAAAAGGUUCUACCAUUAAACUAACUAACGAAAUGAGUGAAACAAAUGGUAAAUUAGGAUGA